UUUCGUCAAUAAAUAAUAAAUGUUUUGUUUUCAUUUUAAAAUUAUCUCAAUAUUGUUGUUUUACUGUUAAAUUGAUCGCCUUUCUCGUCUAAAGUAAUGUGAAUAGGAUUAAUAGAGUUAUAUCGUGUUUUUACUUUUAUAUUUGUCGAAAUAAUGGAACCCGACCCUACCCUAUCGUCUGAUGAUAGCUGCGACACAGAAACGUAUAUAAAAAAUCAAUUAACUGAGUUUGGCUUGAAUGAAGAAAAUCUCAGCAAAGAAGAGAUGCUUGAUCUCUUAAAAGCUUUGAAGAACUCUAAAGACUCGGCUAAAGAGGAUGAACUGCUAAGGCAAAAGGCAGAGGAGAAUCCUAGAGACAGUCCUCCGAAGAAUUCCAUGAAAAGGCGGUAUUUGAAUGUUAAAGACAGACGCAUGCCCUGGAGUCUGCUACCAAACACUUUGACUCAGGCAGAAAAAGCCAGAACUUUAGCAGUCUAUAUAAAACUAAUGUCAAUAAACAGCUAUCGCCAAGCCCGACAGUCUGCUACCUUCGCUAGCUGGCCACCACCAAUCCAAAUAAUAGAGGAAACCACAAGGGUUCAGCCUCUUAGGUCCACUCGUAGUGGUCGUUCAGUGCCUAUUUAUGCUGGGUUUGAUGAUGAUUCUUCUGAUUUAGACUUUGUAAUCACAAAAACAAAGAAAAGGAAGGUGUCCAAUAGUGACAAAGACAAUGCCAAUGAUGGUGUUUAUUCAAAUAAAGUUGUCAGUCUGAAACGGAAAUCUAAGGAGGAGAACUCACGGCCUGUCAAGGAAGCCAAGGUCAACACUGACGACACUGCUGAUUUUGAAUCAUUUGCUCUAGUCAAUAAUUUAAAACCAAAAAGGAAUAUCUUGGCAAUUGAAGACUGACUUGUGAGAUAUAAUUUUAAAUUCCAUAUUUUUAAUGAUAGGCGUUAUGUUUGUAAGAUGUCUUAAAGGUCAACAGAUAUUUACACUGAUUUGGUGUGUUGAUGCAGAUAUAAUGUCUAUAUUGACUUGUAUAGACACUUGCUCUUUUUUGCUAUAAUGUGGACAGUAAUAAAUAAAUUAUUAUAAUGAUCAUCAUUUAUUGUAUAAAUAAGACAAAGAGCUCAUACCUCCAUUAGAAGUAAUUUUGGAUGAGAUUUUUUUAUGACUGAUAAAGAUAAUUUGAAGGCAAAAGAGAUGAAAAUUAAAAUUCCAAGUAUGUUGGAAGUAUGUGCAGAUCACUGCCAGUAAUUUUGAAUCCCAAUACAUAAUAAUUAUUGUGUAUUUCAGAAUUGAGUUUUUUUCAUUGGAGAGCAUGAAACUUUUUAUGUUGUAUAGGUAGGUAUAUUAGUAAUUUAAUUUUUAAUUGUAAACUUCUUCACAUCAUUACAUAGGUGAUUUGUUAUAGGGGUUAAAGUAUGAAAUUGCAGUUUUUUUCUUCAAUAUUCAUUAUAAUUCCUUUAAUAUAAUAAGUACCUAGCUAUGUCCAUUGCCCAUUCUUAUUUUAUUGUUUGAAACUUAAUUUCAAGGAAAAUAUCCUUAUUAGUGUUUUUCACUAGAAAUAAAUCUUCAAAAACUAAAUAAUUCAUCUACAGGUAUUAAUUUAGCUUACUGUUGUCUCAAUCUACCCACGAAAUUUCACAAAACUAAGAUUUAUCGUCCCUUAAAAAAAUGGCAAAAAUAUUUAUAAUAUAUGGAAAAAUGAGUUUUCGUUAAAUUCUUUAAAACUGAAUUUUCAUACUUUAACACCUAAUAUGAUACUUUAAAGAUUCAAAAUUUAUUUAUCAUAUAUUUAUAAAACGCAAAUUUGUUUUAAGUUUUAUAGUUUUUAAAAUAAAAGGCCAUGUAUAUUCGUUUUAAAAAUAAAAAUAUCUCUUGUGUAAAAUUUUGUGAGAACCUUUAGUGUUGUAAAAGAUAUUAUUAUGUGUCUGUAAUGUAUUUAUGAUACCUAGUUGCUGCACUAUAAGCAUACCAGGAUUAUUAGUAUUACUAUUAUAAUUUGGAGGCCAUAAACAAAAAGCCUAUCCUAAUUACCGCAUUUUGACUAGCAACAUGGUUGUUAAAUUAUUUCUAGGUGCUUCUUCGCUUUCUGAGAUGGUCUCGUAAUGUUGAUUUAAAAAAAAGGCAACCUUUAGUUUAGGUUCUCUAGGUAUCUACAAAUAUUUGAUCUGUAAACAUAAGGCGUAGAUGGUGUGAAUAA